AUGAUCGACACCGUUUACUACGAGCUGAGCUGGUCGAUUCUCAGCACCAUCGGAAUCGCCAAUGCUUUGUUCGGUCUCAUGGUCGCUGGCAUCACCAGCUUUGGUCCCGUCUCCAUCGUUCCCAUUGUCACCAGUGCGGCUGGCGCGAUAGCAAACGGCCUUUGCUAUUAUGCCUUUUACGAUAAAGACACGUCCGCUACCUCAGCGGCUAUAGCCUCUAUAUUUGCCGACAUACUCUGGCUAUGGAUAGUCUUCGCGACUUUGUACUGGUCCAUGAUAUUAUCGGUGACAGCCAUUCGCGUUGUCAUUGCAGCCGUCCGAGCUCGCCGUAUACUCCAAGGACUCGACGACGAUCAGUCCUUGAUCAACCACCUACACAUGGGCUACUUCAUCCUCAUUGCUUUAUUGGAAUGCGUCAGCUCGUUCUUCCUCCUCCGAGUCUUUGGGUCGGCAAAGUCAACAUCUCUUAGCGCCGCCAUCAAGGCUGGUUUGUUCCGAUAUCUGAUGCGAAGCACCGAAGUCCGACUUGCACUUCUGGCUGUGCUUGGUGUGAUGCGAGCUAUCACGUACUCUUUCCAAAAUAGCCAACAAAUGGCUACGAAUCUCGCCUCGCAAAUUGAUCGGUUCGCGUAUUCGAUGGAGUGCAUGUUUCCGGUAAUGAUGAUUAUCGACAUUCUUGCCUCCAAGGUUGUCUUCCAUAACCAAGUGUACGGAUCUUCCGGACACAGCCGAAACCAUCCUGGUGGCUAUCCACGCCAACGCUUCGGCGGAAACGGCCUCGAUAUCGUCCUCACAACACAGCAAGGCGAGAACAUUGUGGAAGUACGAGGAGGAGAGUCAAGCGGCGACAGAACAGGCUCACAAGAGCGUAUCAUCAGUCGUGCCCAUAGGAAUACGUCAUCAGAUAUCGAUAUGGAUGAGAUGGAUACAAAACAAAUCGGGAUAAGUAAAACAGUCGAGUUCGAGGUGCGCACCAGUAGUGAUCCAGCGCGAUGA